UCAGAACUCGCCGCAGGAGUUGAGCUCAGAACUCGCGAUGUUACUGCGACCUGCCAGCCCAUCCCUUGAAGGGGACAGGGCCGAAGGGUUCGAGGCCCAAGGGGCUGAGGAAGUCCAAAGCGAUGGCCUGGAGGAGAGGAGGAAGAAGCGGAUUGUGGAGUUCAUGUCCAGCAAGCAGGUGCUCCCUGAAAUCAUGCGGAGCAUCAGGCCACACCAGGCCUUCGCUUCCUGCGGGGCAGCUCUUCGUCUGACCGAGGAAUGUCGUGGCCAUGCCUGCGAAGUCACAGAGAGCAUCCAGGACUUCUGGAGCCACGCCUGGCUGGGGAACUCCUGGGGCAAGUUCCUCACGCUGCUGGUGCUCUACAACGGCCGGGCCGCGCUGUGCCUGGCCAACGGCGCCGCGCUGCUGGGCCUGGCGCUGUUUCUGCGGGGGGCGCUGCCGGGCUACUCCCGGGGCCUGGAGUUCACUGACUUCGAGGGGGCGAGGAUCGCCUUUUCCGUGUGGAGCCUUCCCUUCGGCGCCGCCGGCGCGGCGGUGGGCCUGGUGGCCUGGCGGGCUCCAAGACGAGUCUUCUUUGAUCGCCUUUGCGUCGAUGAGGCGGACCGGCGGCUCCAGUUCGAAGCCAUUGUCAGCCUGCCUGGCAUCCUGCAGAGGUCAGAUUCUCUGCUGGUCCUUUGGGACCCCAUCUGGCCUUCAAGGCUGUGGUGCAUCUUCGAAUUGGCCGCCUUCCUGAGCCUCAACAAAGGCCCUCCCAGGGUCUUCCCUACGAUGAUGGGCCCUUGCUCCCUUGGGGCCUUCUUCCUGGGGGUCUGCGCGAUGGCGCCUCUGACGCUGGUGCCGGUGGCAGGCUUCAACUACAUCUUGGUAGCUGCUUGCACCAUCGGGGCCGCAGCUGCAAGUGCUUGCCCGGCCGUUAGUGUGCUCCGUGCCUACUACCGCGCCGUGGAGGACAUGGAGAAGAAGCUCAGGACUCUCCGCAUCAUCGAUACGAGUUGCGCCUGCUGUUCUCGGGGCCAUAUGAAGGCAGACGGCACGCCCAUGCUCUGUGACAAGGUGACCAUUUGCGCAUGCAUCACGCAGUGGUUCGGGUCGAUCGAAGCCUUCGAAGAAUAUGUCCAAACAGAUGUGACUGACGUCCUGGUCCACCAGCUCCAGUGGUGCACAUUUCGCUACGCCUGGAGUUGCGCUCUCGGCAUGCCGGCCUUCUGGGCCUGCCUUGACGUCGCCUCCAUCCCCUACCAACACGGGGAUGUCAACCACGUGGUCGCGUGGCUGAGCUACGGCCUGACCUGUGCGCUGCUGGUGUUUCCGUGCCUUGGCUCCUGGAGCAAGUUCUUCACCCACCUCUUCCGUCACCGUGGCCGCUCUUGGCUCCAUGAGGCAAUGCAGACAUUUCUGGUGAUCCUUUGCACCUUGCCCUUCGCCGCCUACGCAGUUGGUGCCAUGAUGUUGCCCCUGACGCAGAUGCGGCUUGCAUCUCCUCCUGCACAGUGGCUUGCAUUUCCAUGCUUGAUGCUGCCGCUGCUGCUGCUGCAAUGUUGUGUUCCCAAGCGGCCAGAUCUCCGGCUCAGAGCUGGGAGUCAGCCGGCGAGCCAAGCUCCCAAAGAGGAAGUGGCGGUGUGAAUCCCGGGGGCUCCCAAUCCCCAGCCACGAAACAAGGGGCAUCUCUCCGG